AUAUUCCAAAAUAUAAUGAUAGAGAAGAUUCUGAGAUGGUGCGUGGUCAGUGUGGAGGCAGAUGGUCAAACAGUAGCAAACCCACCUGGCACUUGGACAAGGAAGAAGAAAAAUCAAAAAUCAUCUUCUCAGCCGAUUUUAGUAAGAACCUUCUUGUUUCCUCGGAACAAUCAAGAGAUCGAAAAUGGCGGUGGUUCACAAAGGAAAGGUUUGUGUAACCGGUGCUGGAGGGUUUUUGGGUUCGUGGGUCGUCGAUCUUCUCCUCUCUAGGGAUUACUUCGUCCAUGGCACUGUCAGAGACCCUGAUAAUGAAAAGUAUGCUCAUUUGAAGAAGCUCGAAAAAGCUGGUGACAAACUCAAGCUCUUCAAGGCUGAUUUGUUGGACUACGGCUCUCUUCAAUCUGCUAUUGCUGGCUGUAGCGGUGUCUUCCAUGUUGCAUGCCCGGUUCCACCAGCUUCAGUCCCAAAUCCUGAGGUAGAAUUGAUCGCACCUGCUGUGGAUGGCACGCUGAAUGUGCUUAAGGCAUGCGUUGAAGCGAAUGUUAAGCGUGUUGUGUAUGUUUCCUCUGUAGCUGCACUUUUCAUGAACCCUGUGUGGUCAAAGAAUCAAGUAUUAGAUGAGACAUGUUGGUCUGACCAGGAAUAUUGCAAGAAAACUGAGAAUUGGUAUUGUCUAGCAAAGACACGAGCAGAGAGUGAAGCUUUUGAAUUUGCAAAACGAACCGGACUUGAUCUUGUCAGCGUUUCCCCUAGCCUUGUCUUGGGACCUAUACUGCAGCAGCACACAGUAAAUGCUAGUAGCAUGGUUCUUCUCAAGCUUCUUAAAGAGGGUUUUGAAUCACGUGAUAACCAAGAACGACAUUUGGUAGAUGUGCGUGAUGUGGCUCAAGCUUUACUCUUGGUUUAUGAGAAAGCAGAAGCUGAAGGAAGAUACAUAUGUACAGCCCACACGGUCAAAGAACAAAUUGUGGUUGAGAAGCUGAAGAGUCUUUAUCCACAUUACAACUACCCAAAGAGAUACAUCGAAGCGGAAGAAAGAGUGAAGGUGAGUUCAGAGAAAUUGCAGAAGUUGGGUUGGACUUACAAGGCGUUGGAGGAAACACUUGUGGAUUCGGUAGAGAGCUACCGAAAAGCUAAGCUUGUGGACUGAAAACUUGGAAAGAAGAGCAUAAGAGUGUUUUGGCUCCAUGUGUUCCAAUCUGCUCACACUCUCUUUCAUCUUUACUCAAUAAUAAGAGUUGUUCAACAUAUUUUCCAUCAUGAAUUUCUGAGUUUUUGUUACUUUCUUAGACACCAUUACUUUUAUUACCAAUCUACAAUUACUUUUUCAAUAAUAUGUUCCAAUUUCU